AUAUGGAAAUAUUGAAUAUGGCAAAAAAGAUCAUGAAUGAAGUUAAUGUUAGACUUCAAAACAUUAACAGCACAGACCAAACAACAAAUGACUUAAAAAACACCAUUUUAGAUGGCAUUGCAAAAAUGAAUGAGAUGGAUAAAGACAAAAGAAGAAAGGAAACCAUAGGUGUUUUUGGAAAAACAGGAGAAGGAAAAAGCUCUUUAUUAAAUGCAGUGUUGGGAUUAGAGGGUCUGCUGCCAUCUGGUAGUCUUGGUGCCUGUACAGCAGUUAUUACUCAAGUGGAAGCAAAUCUGGAAGACUCUGAAUACAAAGCUGAGAUUGAGCUCAUCUCCACAGAGGAAUGGGAGAAUGAGAUUGCUUCCACUGAUGAAAGGACUGAAACAGAUAAUGAAAGGAUUAUUGCAGUGUAUGGGGCUGAUGCAGAGAAGAAAUCACUGGAGGAGCUUAGGAACGAUGACAAACAUGCUGAAAUUCAUAACUUUUUGUCUACUGGGAAAAAAACCAUUUCACACCAACAGGUCUUUGACUUUCUCCGUGAUGUUAAAUGUCACAUUCAGCAAAGUGAGUAUAGUCCUGGUGGCUGGUACUGGCCCCUUGUGAAGAGUGUGACCAUCAAGAUUCCAGAUCAUCAAGAGCUUCUGGAACACAUUGUUUUUGAUAUUCCUGGCACUGGAGACUGCAACAAGAUACGAGAUGAUCUGUGGAAAUCAAAAGUGAGAGAGUGCUCUUCUGUGUGGAUUGUAAAUGGCAUCAAUCGAGCAAUCAGUAGCAGAGAGCCGUGGAGCAUAAUGGAGCACUGCAUGCAAGACCUGGGACCAGGAGGACAAUGCAAAACCAUAAAAUUCAUUUGUACCAGGACUGAUGACAUUAAUAUAAAAGAAUAUCUAAUGUCUGCACAGCCCUCUGGAGACCAAUUUUCUUCAGACAAGAAUAUGAAAAAAGUGUGCAUACAUCAUAGGAACAACGUUGCAAAGGAUUCUGUGAAAAGAAAGUUUGAAACCAUGAAAUCAAAAGAUAUCAGAAGAUUCACUGCUGAUGUUUUCACUGUCAGCUCUAAGGCAUACUUUGAUGCAGAUCUUCAUAUGGAUCAAAAUGAAACUGAAAUCCCAAUGCUGCAGGACCUUCUCAAGAACACCAACAAGAUCAUUAAGAGGGAACUGACCAGAGAUUAUAUCAAUCAAGCAAAGGGAGUUUUGUUCUUCAUCCAAAGCAUCAAACUAGACACAAAUGAAGAAAUGGCAAAGAUUAAAGCCACAGUUCGUAAAGAUUACUAUGAGAGCCUUGAAAAAGCACUGAAGGAACUGAACAGUCGAUUUGAUUCACUUUAUGAGAUUAUAGAGCAAUGUUUCUCAAAAGGAGUGGAGAAAUCAGUGGAACAGUGUCUCAGUACCACAAAGCCUGUGAUUGCAUCUGUGAAACCAUCUGAUAAAACCCUUCAAGCAUUGUGCAAGAACAAAGGAUAUUACUGGCCAAAAAACAAAGAUGCACCUGUAGAUCUAAACAAGUGCUUGGCCAAACACAUCUACGACAACAUCGAUGAGGAGUUCAACUUGAUAUUUCCUGUUGAUAGUAAUAACAGAAUAGGAAGGUCAGUGCAAGAACAGAUUGAUAAAUUCAGUAUCAUUCAAGAUGGCACUGUCUACCCUCCAUCUUCUAUGCUGUACCACAUUCAGAACUUCAUGAAAACAGAGGAAACCAAAGUGAAGACAUUCCUCAAAAGAGAUGUUGUUCAUAGAAAGAAGACAGUCUACUCAUCGAUCCAAACAACAAUUCGGGAUCAAAUGACUGCUGGCUAUAAAAAAGCUGCAGAGAAGAAAGGAAAAGGGGCCAUGGGAAGGAGAGAGACCACAAUAAUAGAAACCAUUGAAUUGUUAAAAGACAACAUGUUCAAAGUUGCAAAAACGCAAUUUCUGAAUGAGUUCAAGUCUGUGAUGCACAAAAUAUCCAACACCCUUAAAUCUGAGUUGAGCAGAUCAGUGAAGCGCUCAUUUUCACAAAGCAGCAAAGCUUCCCUGAUGGAUGUCUCAACAGAGAUUGAAACCUGUCUGAGAUUCAGACUGUCUGAAUGCCUCACACAAACCUGACUAAAGUCAACAUUUUAAAGCAACGGCAAGAGAGCAUUUCAAGCAUCUCCAGUUACUGUUGAAUUAAAACUUUUCUGUCUAGUCACACGUGACUUAAUAUAGGUGUGAAAAAAUACUUUUUAUGGAAUACAUUUUUUUUUUUUUUAUGAAAUAGAGCUUAAACCUGCUAACGUAGAGUACUGGAAUGAAUUGUGCUGUAUGUCACUGCAUAUGUACUGAGACAUGCUUGUAGUUUGUAUGACUUAUUGUGAUAAUGUGUACACUUUAAUCUAGCUAAUACACAUUGAGAAGCAGAAAGGUGUGAUCAUUUAUUUUGUAUUAAAACCAUUUAAAGUUGUCUCAAAUUGUUCAAUAUUUUGACGUUGCAUUAAAUAAUUACACACAAAAAUAAAUGAAUUAUUAAAACAAUGCAGUUAAUACUUCAAUGGCAGUUAAAACACAGACAGCUUGAUAUGAAUUCAUGUAAGCACUGAAUAAUCAAUGAAUAAAAAAACUUUUGAU